CAGGCAACGGCGCGGCCCGCGCUGGCGCUGCACUGCGGACGCUCUGCCCGCGGCCGGCCCGGCCGGGUCGCGGUGGCCAGCGCCGAAGCCAAGGCAGCCGCCCGCCGCGGGUGGCCAGCUUCGGGGAAGAGGGGCCAGGGCCCACCGGAGCCCACCCGCGCCGCCAGUUCAAUCUGGAGAAGGAGAACAGCGGCAUCUGAUAGAAGACCUUGGACGUCAGGAACUGAAUCGGAAGAGGUACCUGAAGAAAUGGAUGCUAGGAGAAAACACUGGAAGGAGAAUAUGUUUGCUCCUUUUUUUAGUGCACAGGAUAUUCUAGGUGAGGCUUCUCAGCUUGAAUCUUCUGCUGAACAACUGACUUUAGAUAAGCUCAAGAGAAUGGAAAGAAUUUUUAAUUUGUCUAGUAGAAAGUUUCAAGAUGCAAAUAAAUCUAAAAGGAAAGAAUUGAUUUCUCAACUAAAUGAAAACGAACAAGAACCAAAUUUAAGAGAGAGAAAGAUAAACAUUUCAAAGAAUAAGGCAAUCACAAAUUCUGCCUCCUGUGAAUCAUCUAAUGUGGAGGUUCCAAGCAAAGAAAGCUUUAAUAGCGCGAAAGAGACUCCUACCUGGGGUACGAAAGAGGUAGUAACUCCAUGGCGAAAGGACAAGAAGAAGAAACUCACCAAAGGAAUGUCUCCAAAACUGCGCCUGAAUCUUCUGAAUGACGAGCUAGAAGUGCUGAAUAUGAAAUGCAGAAAAAUAGAAGAGGAAUUCGAACAUGCGGAAAAAGAACUUUUGAACUCCAAAAAAGAAGUCUCCGCAAAACCCCUAAAUUUUCAAGAAGCAGGGGUGGAAACUUCCAAGAAAGACUGGGAACUUCAAGCUUUAAGAAAUGACCUCUCUGAAAAAACAACCAAUGUCAAAAACUUAACAGAAGAGCUUGAACAAGCCAAAGAGGUCAUCCACAAGUUGAGCCUCGAGAACAAAGAUUUAAAAGAAGCUGUCAGAAAGUUAAAGCGGCAAACUGAGGUUGGCAAUGCCCUCCUAAAGGAAGAAAUGAAAUUGUAUUAUGAGUUAGAAAUGGAAAAGGUCCGCGGAGAGCUCAAUGCCAUCAAGAAUGAACUGAGAGCAGAGAAGACCCUACAAGCAAGAAACAACAGAGCCCUGGAGUUGCUUAGAAAACACUUUGCUUCUGUAACAUCAAAUACCCCUGACAGCUUUAUGGAGGAUUUUUUUAAAACCUAAAAAAAUUAAAAAUAAAAAAGCCUUUUAUU